CCGAUACACCUCUCCACCGCCUUGUCGAACCCCUCCAACGGGCAGGACUUCUCCUGAAAGCUCCCACUAACAGAAACACAUCCCAAUCUCCAACCUCGCCUCAUCGAAUCUCCAACAGCCUCCUCAAUGGCAUCAGAGGUGGCCGACGGGCUCACCCCGGAACAGCUCGCAUUCUUCAACAACAACGGCUAUCUCAUCAUUCCUCACGCGUUGACUCCGGAAACCGUAUCAGAGCUCCUUGCAGACACGAAUAAAAUGCUGAACGACUUCUCGUUAGACGACCAUCCGAUGACGAGGUUCUCGACGGGGGGCGACAAUGGCGUGGAUCAUGUUGGAGAUGAAUAUUUCUUGGAGAGUGGGGAUAAGGUGCGGUUUUUCUUUGAAGAAGAUGCAUUCGACAAAACUGGCACCCUCACAAAGCCAAAAGCCCGCGCCAUUAACAAAAUUGGCCACUACCUGCACGCCCUCUCUCCCUCCUUCCGGCGCAUCUCCCUCUCCCCCCUUAAUGCCUCCAUCGCACGCUCCCUCUCCUUCCGCGAUCCCCGCGUCCUCCAAUCCAUGGUAAUCUGCAAGCAACCCGAGAUCGGAGGCGCCGUGCCUCCGCACCAGGAUUCCACGUUCUUGUACACUGAUCCGCCAAGUGCAGUGGGCUGGUGGUAUGCGCUAGAAGACGCGACGGCCGAGAAUGGGUGUUUGAGUUUUGUGGGGGGGAGUCACAGGACGGAGCCGGUUCAGAAACGGUUUGUUAGAAUGGAGGGGAAGAGAGGUACUGGGUUUGUGAAUAAUGAUGGUGCGAGGUUUCCGCGGCAAUUGGAUCAGAGGACGGGGACGGGGACAGGGAUGGGGGGCAUGAGGAGUCAUGCGAGGCAGACUAAUGGACAAGGUGUGGGGAACAAUAAUAACUCGGGAGAGAAGAAGGAGGAGUACACGAUCGGCGAAGUCAAAGCUGGCACUCUCGUUCUCAUCCACGGGAAUAUUCUGCAUAAGAGUGAGCGGAAUACGAGUGGGAAGAGCCGGUUUAUAUAUACGUUUCAUGUUAUUGAGGGCGAGGAGAGGUAUGAUGAGAGGAAUUGGUUGCAGCCGCCGAAGGAGGGGUUUUCGAGACUGUAUAACCAUGACAGAGAAGGGUCGUAAUAUAUACUGAUCGCUUCGCCCAAUACUUCGAACAUGGAAUCCAAAGGUUACCGAAGGCGUGACACUCACGAUCAAACAAGCAGAAGUCUGGAAGGUGAGAAAGCGGAGCAAUACGAGAAUGAUCUCUCUCAUUGAGUCCCAGCUAUCGCCCAAGUCAAGAGGUACGAUCAGGCGAGUACAUACAAAAUGCCUAGGCUGUAUGGAUCAGAGGACCGCUACAGCCCGACUCUUUUAGUAUAGAGACAGUACUGCACCUUGAGUAUUGUUGGGUGGACAGGGGAGUAAUUUAUGACAAACACUUGGAUUCUAUUAAAUGUCUCUAAAUAUCCAGCAAGAGAGUCAGG